UUUCCGGCCAGAGAAAGGAGAGAGGAAGCGAGGACGAGACGAAGCUCCGGCGGCGAUAAAGUUCGAGUCUUUCGGUUGUUGACGCGGCUGCUUGCGCCGGAGCUGGUUCGCCGGAGCUUCCCGGGAUCCGCCGGAGGUUUUCUUGAUAUUUACUGGUUCUUGCGCCGGCAGGUCGAGAGGUUGACGCCUCGAGAUGUUCAAGAACACUUUCCAGUCGGGAUUUCUGUCCAUACUGUAUAGCCUUGGGAGCAAGCCCUUGCAGAUCUGGGAUAAAGAAGUGGUUAAUGGUCAUGUAAAACGUCCACAAGAUGAAGACAUUCAGUCAAAUGUCCUUGAGGUUGUUGGCUCGAAUGUUCAGUCCACGUACAUCACAUGCCCCGCAGAUCCAGCUGCAACACUUGGCAUAAAACUACCAUUCUUGGUUAUGAUUGUAAAGAAUCUGAAAAAGUAUUUUACCUUUGAGAUCCAAGUGCUGGACGACAAGAACGUGAGGCGUCGCUUCCGUGCUUCUAAUUUUCAAGCUGUGACUAGGGUAAAGCCAUAUAUUUGCACCAUGCCGUUGAAGCUGGAUGAAGGAUGGAAUCAGAUCCAGUUAAAUCUCACUGAUUUGACCAGGAGAGCAUAUGGAACUAACUAUGUCGAGACAUUGAGAGUGCAGGUACAUGCAAACUGCCGCCUAAGAAGAAUAUAUUUUUCAGACCGCCUUUACUCCGAAGAGGAACUUCCACCAGAAUUUAAACUGUAUCUACCCAUGCAGAAAAGUUAGGAACUUUGGGAGAAAGGUCUCCAGAUCAAUUACUUGCGACACAAGCACGACCUAUUGUAUCAUGUGAUGUGUAUGGUUAUCUCGUCACGUGGUAUAUGGCUGUGAACUUGAUGGACUGUGGUCAAAAUCUUAAGCCUUUAUAAGCUUAUUGGCUGUUGUAGUUAGCUAUGAAUGUCUCUUCCUCCUGAUAUCUGUUAUGAUUAUGGCCAGAAAUAGCAUAUUGGAGCUAGUCAUUUCACACCAAUAUCUAGAUGGUAUAAGUCUCCUACCAGACUCUGACCUGUGCUCUCAAAUCUUAUACUUACUCUCGAGUCUUGCCACUUUGCGCAUUA